AUUUAGAUAACUGUACUAAAAUAAGUUAAUUAAGUUUCCAAUGUAUUUUGUAUAAAAAAAAUACUUCAAAUUAAAUCACGCAAGAAAUAUCAACCAUGAUUUUGAUUAUUUGUACUUACCCUCAAACGUUGAAUCAAAAAGAACACAACUGAUAACUAAAAUAAAUACAUAUCGAAUUGGAUUAAUAAACAAAAGCACCAUAUUUUUGUCUUUUAUAAUUUACACUACCACAUGACACUAUUGAUAAUAUCGUACUUAGACUGUUAUCAGAAAAUUGCAUGGAAUAUUUCAAACGUCAAAAAUGUAUAACAAAUUAUAAUUUUUCUGUGCCAAUUAAAAGGUUUUAUCUAUAUAAAAAGGUUUUCCAAGAUAUUGGGAGUUAGUUUUGUUUGUUUUUGUAGUUAUGUGUUAUAAAGAAUAAUGGAUGACGACAUUUCGACUCGCUUAGAAGACGAAUCACUGCACAAAAAACUGUUAGACGACGAUGAAAACCAAUCGCAUCCCGAGGGUGACAAAGGCCAACACAAUUCCAUGGAAAAACUCGGUACAGAUCCGAAUUUCAAAAGAAAAAUAGUAUGGAAGAAUGCUAUAGGCUUCCUAGUAUUACACUUAGCAGCAUUCUACGGGCUGUACUUAGUUUUAACGUUUAGAAUAAAAAUUUUAACGUACCUUUGGGUUAUGUUCCUUGAUUUGGCAUCUGGAGAAGGAAUUACAAUGGGAGCCCACCGACUUUUUUCACAUAAAUCAUUUAAGGCUACUUUUUCUUUAAAGCUAAUAUUAGUCCUGCUACACACCAUUGCUGGACAAAACUGCAUGUACAUAUGGGUAAGAGACCACAGACAGCAUCACAAAUUCAGCGAUACAGACGCCGAUCCACAUAACGCUACUAGAGGAUUUUUCUUCUCUCACAUGGGAUGGCUUAUGAGUAGAAAACAUCCAUUGGUUAUAGAAAAAGGAAAGACCCUAGAUAUGUCAGAUUUGGAGGCCGAUCCUCUGAUCAUGUGGCAAAAAAAAUACUACAAGCCUUUGUAUUUAAUUAUGGCCAUUGCUCUCCCAGUAUAUAUUCCGGUGCUCGUAUGGGGUGAAACCGUAUGGGCGUCUACCUUCACUUCUUUUUUCUUAAGAUACGUGUUUCUUUUACAUCAGACGUGGUUUGUAAAUAGUGCCGCUCAUCUUUGGGGUACAAAACCAUUCGACAAAUAUCUGCUGCCGGCCGAGAACAAGUUUGUGUCUCUUGUAUCGGGAGGCGAAGGCUGGCACAACUACCACCACACUUUCCCGUGGGAUUACAGGACAUCAGAAUUCGGAGCUUCAUACAAUGUCACCUGUUCUUUGAUUGAUUCUUGUGCUUACUUGGGUAUGGCUUUCGAUUUGAAAACGGCUCCAUUCAAGAUGAUCGAACAGAGAACUAUAAGAACUGGAGAUGGUUCCCAUCCUAUUUAUGGAAUGAAGAAGGUUAAGACAUACAGGUGGGAAGAUCGUAAUAUAAAUGAAUUGGAGAUCGACGAAAAAGUGAAUUGAAAAUAAUUUUAAUUUAACAUUAUGUAUUAUAAAAUUUACAUCAUUUAAAAAAAAUGUAUUUUUUAUACCUGCGACUUUGACACCUUUAUAGUACGUUGAAUUGAUGAAAUUUUUAUCGUUUCUAAAACUAUUAUUAAACGACAAUUAAUACUAAGUAUGUACCUAUAUAAGAUAACAAACUAAAUUUUAAAAUUUGCCAUUUAGGUUAAAAUACGUUACCUAUAAAAUUGAAGCACCUAAAAAUAUUUAUUGUUUCUAGAUGUUAACAAUCUUUAUGUAUUAUACAGUAUGAAACAUUUUUGAGGUACCGUGAAUUAAUAUUAUUGCCAUAAGUAAUGAAAUAGAAAGAGAAUAAUAAUACUCUCCCUAUAAUUCACCAUUUAUGUGUGAAUUUGAACCUCAGUUAGUGCGGUGAAGGGACGCUUAUUAUUAUUAUCCGCAUCAAGAGAAAAUAAAUUAAUACUAAUUCGUCACCCAUCAAAUCCUAAAACGAAUCCUACAAAUUCACAUGGUUUGGUCUAGGAUCUGAAGCAGAGUCUCGCUGAAUCACCAAAAAGCCCGUUAAUAAACACCGGUCACUUGAAACGAUGUAAACCUACGAAUUUUCUCUUCAAUUUUACAGGUAAUCCACCAUUGUUUGCUUUGAAUUUACUGGGUGAUAAUUGUAAUAUGUGAU